AUGACAUCGCUUCGCACCCACGCGGAGCAGCACAACACAGACCUCUACAGGGACUACAAAAAGGACAGGAAGGUCGGAGAGGGAGCCUAUGCUGUCGUUUACCUUGGAACACAACUCUCAACCAAGAAAACUGUGGCUAUCAAAAAGAUCAAGAUUGGACAAUUCAAGGAUGGUCUGGAUAUGAGUGCCAUCCGUGAAGUCAAGACCCUCCAGGAGCUUCGACAUCCUAACUUGAUCGAGCUGAUGGAGGUGUACUUUCACAAGACAAACUUGAAUCUGGUGCUGGAGUACCUGGAAUCCGACCUGGAGAUGAUCAUCAAAGACAAGAGUAUCCUCUUUAUGCCUGGAGAUGUCAAGCACUGGAUGUUGAUGACUCUGCGUGGACUGGAUCAUUGCCACCGUAACUGGGAUAUGAAGCCAAACAACUUGUUGUUGGGACGGGACGGACAGCUCAAAAUUGCUGAUUUCGGUUUGGCGCGAGACUUUGGCGAUCGCGGCCGUCAGUUGACAGCACAGGUCGUUACUAGGUGGUAUCGUGCUCCUGAGUUGUUGUUUGGCGCCAAGGAAUACGGAUACGGCAUUGAUAUUUGGGCGGUUGGGUGCAUCUUUGCAGAGCUGUUGCUUCGAAACCCCUAUCUCCCUGGAAACGCGGACAUGGAUCAACUGGAUACAAUGUUCAGAGCCCUUGGAACACCCACAGAGAGCGAUUGGCCGGGUGUGCAAUCGCUUCCAAACUACAUGCAGUUCAAGCAGUAUCCGAAGACGCCACUGAAGUUAUUGUUUACCGCUGCUGGGGCGGACACUCUGGAACUCUUGGAGAGCAUGUUGAUCUACGACCCCAACCGAAGAAUCUCCGCACGCGAAGCAUUGUUGCAUCCUUACUUUUUCAACAAGCCGAGACCAACGCCCCUGGAGAACUUGCCAAAACACAUCCGUGAGACGCCUGAGGAUGCCAAGCUGAAGCGGAAAGCUGAAGCCUUCGGUGCGUGA